AUGUCUGAGGACUGUGUGGACGUAGACAGACCCUCUGGUUUAAUCCACACUUCUUUAAACUUCACCUGCGUUUGGAACUCAUCCCACCAUCCGAACCAGAGCCAAGACCAAGGGGACGCAGCGGGAGACGCAGCGGCGGUACUGAGGAUCGGCAUCUCCGUGGUCUACUCCCUGGUGUGCGCGCUGGGUCUGGUGGGCAACGUGCUGGUCCUGCACCUGAUGAAGUCCAAGCAGAUCUGGAAGAAGUCCUCCAUCAACCUCUUCGUCACCAGUUUGGCUCUGACCGACCUCCAGUUUGUGCUCACGCUGCCGUUUUGGGCUGUGGAGAACGCCUUGGACUUCACGUGGCUCUUCGGUAACGUCAUGUGCAAAGUCGUGUCCUACGUUACGGCUAUGAACAUGUACGCCAGCGUGUUUUUCCUCACGGCUAUGAGCGUGGCGAGGUACUGCUCCCUCGCCUCUGCGCUCAGGACCCGGAUGAGACGACGCGCGCAAUGCCAGUCCCCCCCGUGCGUCGCCGUCUGCAUCUGGCUCUUGGCCGUGUCUGCUGCCUUGCCUCACGCCGUCUUCUCCACCACUGUCACCAUAGCGGACGAGGACCUGUGUCUGGUCAAAUUCCCAGACAACAACAACAAUAACAACAGCUCCUCCACGGGCCAGCUAUGGUUUGGAUUGUACCACGCGCAAAAAGUACUUCUGGGUUUUGUUUUCCCCUUGUGCGUCAUCUCUGCCAGCUACCUGCUCCUUCUGCGUUUCAUAACACCCAAAAGCAUCAACAAUUCGAGUGCCAAACGGAGAGCCAAAGUCACAAAGUCUGUCACGAUUGUUGUUUUGUCGUUUUUUCUGUGCUGGCUGCCAAACCAGGCUCUGACAGUCUGGGGGAUUCUCAUCAAACUCAACGUGGUGCAUUUUAGUUAUGAAUACUACACAACCCAAGCCUAUGUGUUCCCACUGUCUGUGUGUUUGGCUCAUUCCAACAGCUGCCUCAACCCCAUUCUCUACUGCCUCAUGAGGAGGGAGUUCAGGAAGGCGCUGAGGAGGAUGUUUGGACGCAUGACUUCUUCCAACAACGUGACCAACAUCAGACCGGUGACUGCGAGCACGAAGCCGGAGGGAGGGGUGGGGGCAGCGGGGGGACAGGCCAAUAGCGUGUCCCAGGAGCCCGCGGUGGUGGUGUUCUACCCGCCCGGAGCUGUCAUGUACAGCGACAGACACGACCUGCCUCAGAACAGCACCUGA